CGCGUAGCGGGCUACAUGUCUCGUAGCGCAUAGCGACCGCGUAGCAGUCUACGAAGUUCACGACUAACUAUCAUUUGUGUUCGAAACUGUGUGUAGUGGAAAAGUGUGUGAUUAUUGUAUGUGGGUAUGAGGAUGUAGCAGCAUGAACGCGCCGGCAGCCGCGGCGCUUGUUUUGGCCGCGCUAGCCGCUCUGCCUUGCCGAGGCACCGACGCAGACUCUUCUUCAAAUAGCUCGAAUACUCAGAACCGCACAGAAAGCUCGCAACCUACUAUCAACAAAGUUUACCAAAUGCUUCACACACCAGACGUACUCCAGACGAUAUCCAAGACAAACCCUUCCAACUUACCUAGUUUUAAAGACAGUGUAAAUCGUACAUGUUGCCGUGAAGGCGAAAGUAAUAAUUUUAAAGGUGCUCAUUUUGUACAUAAUGCGUUAGAUAAAAGGAAUAAAAAGAGAGCUGUGCGUGUGAUAAAUGCUGGUCUAGAGACGACGACGAUUGUCAUGCCUAGUCCACCACUAAUGACUGAGAGACGUCAUAGGAAACAUGGCGAGACGGGUUCAAGCGCACCGCUUUUAAACUACAUCUUCGAUACGUACUCCAACACGCAUCACCACAAAAACGAUAGCAGACCUGGGAACGGGAACGGCAUCUACACAGCCGCCGCACCAGAAAUAGAGGCCCUUGUGGGGUCCACAGCUAACCUGGAUUGCAAAGUCGACGCUUUACACGACAAAGUGGUGUCCUGGGUACGCAGAAAAAACGACCAAGAACCUAUGGAAUUACUAACCACGGGCACACAACAAUACACAGCUGACGACAGGUACUCAGCUCGAUUCAUCCCUCCAGACAUUUGGAGGCUACAAGUGAAGGAGGUCCGACCGACUGACGCAGCCUUUUACGACUGCCAGUUGUCGGCGCACCCACCUCGAACCGCACGCGUCACUCUGCGGGUACCGGAAGUGUCGGUGCGCAUAGUGGAUGGUGCAGGCGCUAAGGUCUCCGAACAAGUUUGUGAACUGGGCAGCACUGUGGCGCUGCGGUGUGAGGUGCGGGGGCUGAAAAUGGAAGGGGGACCCUCCCUGCUAUGGUUCCGGAGAGACACCCUGCUGAAUGAUGACACCACAAGGGGUGGAAUCAGUGUUCGCACCGAAUUCGGGCUGAACGGCGCGAACUCUGUGCUGCGCGUGGCGCGCGUGCGCGGCGACGACGCGGGCCGCUACACGUGCAGCGUGGCGCGCGCGCCGCCCCCCGCGCCUCCCCCCGCGCAGGUCAUACUGCACGUCAUCAAAGGUGAAAGCCUAGCAGAACUACACCAGGGCGGCAGGGCAACGAGAUCAUUAGCGUAUGUCACUCUCGUGGUAUCGGCGCUUGUCUUCUUACUUGUCUAGCUGUAAUUUAUUUAUUAAUAAAAUGUUCAAUUA